CCGAUAUGAUUUGGAGACUCGUGGCCCUCGGUGGGGUGUUGCUUCUUCUCCUGGGAGCGGAAAGCAGAAUUUAUGGGGGGAGGACGGUGACUUUGCGCCGGCCUGAGCAAAGGGACAGCCGGGGCCAAGUGCGCGCACGCCCCAGGAGGGACACCGGCAGCUCCCUGGGCGCCUCCACCCCCUCCCACGGUCCUCGCUUCACCUCCUGUCGGCUCCCACUCACCCCAGCCGAACACAAGGUUCUGGAUGACAACAGACACGAGACAGGGUUUAAUGGUGACGAUGGCUCCUAUGUAGUCCUCACAUGGGUGGGCGACGGCACUGGAGUCAUCCUUGUGCUGUCAACUAUCAGCGCUCCCAUUGACAGUUUCCUAGAAGGAGGCUCUUCACGACUUUACCGAAGCACGGAUUACGGCAAGUCCUUCCACGACAUCUCCCAGCUCAUCAACCACACCUUCAUCAGGAAGGAGUUUGGGGUCAGCGUCGGACCGGGGAGCUCUGUGAUAUUGACUGCAGACACGCCGGUGGUCAACAAUCCAGGUGGGGUUAUCUUCACCUCCACGGACGCCGGCGCCACCUUCAAGUACAUCCAGCUCCCCUUCCACCUGGCCGAGCCGAUCACAUACCACUUCCUCAACCCCGACUACCUCGUGGCCCUCAGCAUUGAUGGCAGUCUUUGGCUUUCGCUGGACUUUGGUGUCGACUGGGCAAAAGUUCACGAUGGAGUGCAUUCUUUCUCUUGGGGGGCUGGCAUCAAUUUGUUCUUCAGCUGCAGUCGAGUAGACACAGAUAACGCAGAAGAGAGGGGUGAUUCAGUGCUCAAGAGAACUAAGGAUCUGGGGAAGACCUUCACAACAAUCCAUGAGGACAUCUACGGUUUUGGCUACAUAGGCGCCUUUCUCUUCUUCUCCGUGAUGGAAGAUCCGAGAUCUCCCCGCGUCAUGUACUUCUCGUCGGACCAAGGAAAUACCUCCAGUCGAGCUCUGCUCCCUUCGGCGUCCACUGAGCAGUUUUACUCCAUCCUGGACGGCGACGAGGAUAUGCUCUUCAUGCAUGUGGACAACCCAGGAGACACCUUCUUUGGAACCAUGUACACCUCAGACGACCGUGGCAUCCUGUUUUCCAAAUCUCUGGAGCGCCACCUCUUUGACGGGACCAGGAAGAGCGACUUCACCAACAUUACCUCCCUGAGAGGGGUUUACCUCACCAAUAAGCUAGACGUGGAUGGGCGAAUUAGAUCUGUGAUUUCCUUUAACAGAGGAGGGACCUGGAGGCAACUGAACAAACCUGAUAACGUGGACUGUGAAGACCCAGCCAAGAGCUGCAAUCUUCAUAUUCAUGGAGAACACAGUCGCAACAAAGGAAUCGUACCUAUGCUGGCUCUGUCUGAGCCCACCGCUGUUGGUCUGGUUAUCGCCCAUGGCACUGUGGGGGAUUCUCUGUCAUUAUCGCAGCACCCAGAUGUUUUUGUUUCCUCUGACGGAGGUUAUAACUGGAGGGGCACACUGAGGGGGCCUCACUAUUACAGCAUAUUAGACUCUGGAGGCCUCAUUGUGGCUGUGGAAGAUCACCAUGAAGGACAAGUCAAAACUAUCAAAUUCUCCACAGACGAGGGCCGGUGCUGGAAGUCGUAUAACUUCACAGAGCAGCCCUUUUAUUUCGCCGGCCUGCUGUCCGAGCCUGGCACCAAGGCCAUGAAUGUCAGCGUGUGGGGCUUCCGGCCCGAGGAGGACGGCCAACCCAUGUGGGUGGCCGUCACCAUUGAUUUCCAGAGCCUUAUCACGAGGCAGUGUAAAGACAAGGACUACGAAGAAUGGCUGGCUCACUCCACACAGGGAGGCAACUCGAAGAGAAACGGCUGCGUCCUGGGUGUCAAGGAGACUUACCGGAGGUUAAAGAAGCAGUCCGUGUGCAGAAACGGCAGAGGCUUCGUGGUGAGCAAGCGGCAAAGGCCUUGCUUGUGCACCAGAGAAGAUUAUUUAUGUGACCAUGGCUACUAUCGUCACGUGAACACGUCAGAGUGUUUGAGGCAACCGGGCGCUGCAAAUAAAACCUUGGAGAUCUGUCUGAGUGGAGAGGAGGACGAGCGCCUGUCCACGGGGUACCGCAAACUCCCGAGUGAUCGGUGUGAGGGGGGUUUCAAUCCUCAGCUCGCGGUGCAGACAGUAAUCAGAAUCUGUGACGUUAAACCCAGCCCUCAACCUCUGAAGCCCACUUCUUCAGUCACCCACUUCGACACACCGAGAGAAAAGCUGGUGUUGAUCCUGGUGUGCGCAGGGGCAGCAGCCAUCGUCCUGGUAGCUAUCGUCUCAGCGAUCUUCGCCGUCAGGCGAGUGGUGUACCGGAACAGGACACCUACGUAUCGUUUCUCCAACCUCAGGAUCCACGAUGAUGAAAACUGCAUCACGGCCGAUCUUGUAAGUGCCACUAGCAGCAAUGGUACGGCCUGCCAGCCGGACUCAGAUGAUGACCUCAUUGAAUGACACCUUUAUGGAUAUAAUGGAUACGAGACCAACUACGCUAUAGAAAUUAAGAAAAAAAAGACUGCUGGCUACAUUUUUGUUUCGGACUAUCAGGAGCUUUUUUGCAUUUUUUUGAAUGACAUAUAUGAAAAUGUCUUAAUUUAUUGAGCUCACUAUGUUUUAUUAACUUACUUUCUUACUUUUGUCUUUGAUUUGUACAGUGUUUCCUUUUUAUUUUAUCGAUAUUCACUUUGUUUCGUGCCGCCUUUGUACGUCUGUUCAAUGUGAAAACAAAACCUGAUCAUCCCGAAAAUGUGCAUUUACAACUAGACUAAAUUCUGACAGUUAAUAUGUUAUCGCUUAAAAUAUUAUGUGACAGCAAAAGACAAGAUAACAUGGAUUGACGUUUUAAACCUGGCCAUCAGGAAGAACUGGUGUCUCCUGUCUGCACAACAUGAGCAAAGAAGAAAGACAGACGUCUCACUCCUAGCUAUUUAAUGCAGAAGUAACAAACAGCUGAAGUCAAGACGUUUACCUGCACCUUAGUUAAAUGCAUUUAAACUCAGAGUAAAGACAAGAGAAGACAGUGCUAGGUCAGUUACGAUCCCAACUUUACUUUAUGAAAUUAUAAUGUCAGAAUAAUAUUUAAGCUUUUAUUUGAUUUCCCAGUGGGUUAGAAUGUUGCGUGCACUUAGUUUUGGCCUCCUUCCUCGUGAUGCCAUCUACACAACAUGAUGCUGCCUCUUCUGUGCUUCACAGCUUAAAUGUCCUUCAGCUUGCAACUCUGCCCCAGUUUCCUCAAGCCAUAACAGUGGCCAAUUAUGGUUAUAUUCUUUAUCAGACCAAAGGACAUUUCUCCAUAAUGGCUUGCAUAUAGUAGAAGUUUUUGCCAAAAGUAAAGCUUGUUAGCAUGAAAUCUGUACAGUGGUAAUUUGAAGGACUUCAACCUAGCAGUAGCUUAAACUAUGAGUUGACUUGUUGCAAAAUACUUUGCAACGUACACCUAAAAUACGCAUUUGUCACGUAGACAAUACAAUAUAUAAUUUAAACAAAACUUAAUAUAUUUCUACAAGUGAUACCUCUUCCAUAUAAGUCACAGUAAGGGAAGUAUUUUAUGCACAAAUCUAAACUAUUUAAAUUUUUAUUAUGGUAAGUAACAAAGGCUUAAAGGUGAUUAGCAAUACCCAUGCUCAGGAGCUCAGGAGGUUGUUUCUUGCUAACUAAAAAUGUAAAUAAUAUUUUCU